CAAUGAGGGUGAUGUUAGCUUUAUGUUUUGAUUCAAAAAUUAUUAAUUCGAAACGAUUUCCAUAUUAUUUUUUACAUAACAAUAUGUGAUCAUUUACUUUUAAUUUAAGUGAAUCAGUGCUUAUCCACAAGUGUAAUUGAAUCAAGUGUUAAAGUUGUUCCAGUUUUGAUUUUCACUUUACACGGGUUUCUUCAUCGAUUAUUUACCGAAUAAAUUAACAAAUAAAUUGACUAAAUUUCAAACAGCGAAGAUGGGUGACAAAGACGACUAUUUGACAUCGUAUAGGGUAUUUUUCGAAAACUUUGCGGCCACAGUGAACCCCGAGGACCAGCUGCCAGUGAACAUAGCUGGGUAUACAAUCACCGAGGCUGAACUUCCUGGCGAAGUUAUCUAUUGGACUACCCAGUAUUUGACAGAAAAACAAUGCCCACUGACGCUGAUGACGCCCCUGCGGCGAAUCGUAUUAGACGAGGUGCGAGUAGCAUCGAAGAAACAUCCUGCUGAAUUCGGUUACAAGUCUGAUGAAUCAGUUUAUAUAGCGCUGAGACUGAUGCAAGCUGUGACAGCCCGUGUAAACAAUGUAUGCUUGCGGUACUUAGAUAAUUCCAAGCUUGACACACUCCCUCCCCCACCUCCUAUCGCACAAAGAGAUCUCAAGACUGUUUCAUGUGCCACCAAAAACGGUAGGAGAGUUAUGGAAGAUAGACACGUUGAAUUCGGAAAUUUGGAGGCACUGUUUGGAAAAGAAACGACAGAGCCUACAAGUUUCUAUGCAGUGUAUGAUGGGCAUGCAGGCUCGGCCGCGGCGACUUAUUGCGCGGCGCAUUUACACCAGUACCUCAUUGAGAGCCCACAUUUCACUACUGACCUACAACGAGCGAUGCGAGACGCCUUCUUAAGAACCGAUGCAGAAUUUAUCAGGAAAAGUAAUCAAGAGCGAGCGAACGGUGGCAGCACGGCGGUGGCGGUGUGCCUGCGCGGGUCGCAGCUGCUGGCGGCCUGGGCGGGCGACUCGCUGGCGCUGCUCGCCAAGCGCAUGCGGCUCAUGCAGCUCGUGCGCCCGCACAAACCGGGACGACAGGACGAACGAGAUCGGAUAGAGACAAGCGGAGGGACAGUAAUCUACUGGGGCACGUGGCGAGUCAACGGUCAAUUGGCAGUUUCCAGGGCCAUUGGUGACGCACAAUACAAGCCGUACGUGACGGCGCGGCCCGAGAUCGCGACAGUGGACCUCGACGGCGACGAAGACUUCGUUGUGAUUGCUUGCGACGGACUCUGGGACUUUGUUACCGAAGACGACGUCGCCCUCUCCGUUUAUAGGCAGCUCGCCGCCGAUCCGGAUGACUUGAAGGCGGUGACGAAACGUUUGAUAAUCCAAGCCAAGAAACUAGGCUCAGCAGAUAAUAUCUCAAUAAUCGUAGUGUUCCUGAAGGACCCUCGUGACAUAGUCGCAGACAACUACCCGCCCAUGGACCUUGGGCUGGACAACACAUUGGCGAACGUAACGCCAUUCGCCGUGGAGACGGAGUCAUGCAGGCGGCAGGUCGAUAUUGCGUCGGGAGGCGAUGCAGAUGCGGAGGCCGAAACCGAGCCCGCUGACAACGGCGUCGAUAACUCGGACAGCGACAGCGAGGACCUAGGCCCGGAGACCGCCGUCGACGUCGACGAUAUCGACGCCGAGAAAAAUCCCGAGCCUGCGCCUCCUACGCCUCCCGCACACACAGUGGAAGAGGGCCACGUCGACGGUGCUCUAGUGGAUAAUGUAGCUGAGAGUGGCGAGGACUCUGAAGACGAGUGGAACUAUUACAAAGGCGAAGGUGAACGCGAAGAGAAAAACGCCAGCGAAGAACCCGAGGAGCAACCGCGCUCAGAAACACCUUGUCAGGAUAAUUCAGGGUGGGAGAGUAGCUCUGUGGAUAUGAAUAGUUCACCUCUGAACCCCGACGCACCUGUGUUUGUGCCGGGCAGCGCUGCGACUGACGUGUUGCUGGCUGAGUCUCCGCGUAAGCCAUUACCAAUGGACGAUAUUGAUCUUCCUGACGUCACACAAUUUCGCACGGAAGCUGUUGUUCGACCAGCUGAGCUUCUAGACUUGGACAACUGCGACCAACUUAAUGGCCAUCAUAAUGCAACAAUAGAAGAUACUAUGAAAGAACAAAUAAAUGGUAAUGAUAAUUGCAACAUGGAUAGUUUGGGCUUUGGAUUCAAUGUGGGCAUUGAACCUGACAAAGUCAAGGACGUGGAACUCAUACAGGACUUUGAAAGAAUACAGAAAGAUACAACUGAUUUCUGUAAUAUUCAGGUAUUUCAGACACAUGCAGAAGCAAAUCCAUUUGCUUUGGAAGAAAAUGAUGAGCUUUUCGAAAGAUUAAAAAAUAAAGAAAGAGAUCCCAUGAGCAUGAGUUUUUAUCAAGAAAAAGAUGAUGACACAUGUGAAAGGCUCACAAAGAAUGAUCUACAGGUUGAUCUCAAUGCUGUCCAGCCUCUGCCGGAUAGUGAUGAUGAAGAUUUACAACAGAAUGGUAUCUGUGAGAAUUCUGAAGGAGAUGACAAAGAAAAUGUAAAUCCAAAAUUAGAUGCCGAUUUAACUGAGGCAGACAUAAAUAGUCAAGAACCAAACAAUGACAUAAUGAUUUUAAAUGACAAAAUGGGUGCUUUAUCCAAUAAUGUUUGUAAUUUUAAUGAAGGAGAUAAUUUUGUGGAUUAUAACAUAAACUCAUCUGACAAUUUACAAUCAUUCUCAAACAUAGAAUAUGAAACAACUACACAAGAAACAGUGGUACAAACAGACACACCAGAAUCUCACAAAUUAAUGUUUGAGCAAAUACCUGAAAUCCCGGAUGGGAAAAGUUCAGAAUUAGGAUUUACAAAUGAUGAAUUACAAGACUGUUCUGACAGUGAAAAAGACUUAAGGGCAAUCACACCAUUAGAUAAAAAUAAAAAUAAUUCAGAAAAUGAAAUACAUGAUGAUGAAAUUCAAAGUGAAGCAGCAGAAUCCUUCAUCAAAGAAUUGGAAGAAGAUUUAGAAAAAGAACAUGAACCAGAAAUCAUACAAGAUUCAAGUGUAGAUAUUUUACAAGCUUUACGUUCAAGUGAAGUAGGUGAUGAAAAAGUUGAAGAUUUCAGAUACCAAGUAGAAGAAUAUAAGAAAGUGGAAUCUGACAUUGAGAACUCUUUAGAAAACAAUGAAAAAGUGUUGGAAGUAGAAUUAAGUGAACAAAUAAAUAACCCCAAUCCUGAAGAAACAUCUGAAACAAAAUCAGUGGAAGAUUUUAAUGUAGCGGCUAAUGCAAUGGUUGAAACUGAAGCCAUUACACCUGAACCAACCUAUGACAAAGAAAACGUUGUUGCAGAUAUUCACACUGAAGAACCCCAAGAUAUUUUCCCUGAAAUUUCAUCUAAACACACAAUGCCCCCUGAAAUUAGAUUGUAUGGGCAGGAAUUUACUUUAAGUGAAAAUACAGAUUCGCCUGUUCCUUCACCUCAGCCAGUUGCAUCACCUCUUCCGACCCAAAACCAAAAUUUCGACGAGCUUCAAAACAACAGGAUUUCUUCUCCGGCAAAAGAAUUCGAAUUAUUUGCUAACUCUCCUAAGCCGAGUGAAACUUUUACUCCCAAAGAAAAUUUAUCUGCCCGAGAAUCCCCUCUACCAACUGAAUCACCAUUACUCACUGAACCAGCUCUUUCUAAGGAAUCACUAUUACGUUCAGAUUCACCUCUCCAUAUAGAAUCCCCAUUCCAUGCUGAAUCUCCAUUGCCUGCUGAGUGCCCUUUGUCAGAUGAGCAUGAUGUACCAGUUGAGUCUCCACUGCCUACAGAAGAAAUAUUGCUUCCUUCUGAAUGUCGUUUACCUGAAGAGUCUCCUUUACCGUCGGAAUCUCCACUACCAGCCGAGAAUGUUACUCCUGAAACGGAAUCUACCAUUCAAACAGACCAUCCACUUCCCACAGGCGAUGACCACCCAGUAUCUUCCCCCCUGCCAGUUGCUACUUCACCAGAACCUCGUGAAACAACAACAGAAUUAGAUGAGUCAGUCAAAGUAACCAAAGACUCCAGGUCGAAUUCGCCUUUACCAGCUGAGGUUCCUUUGCCACGUGAAUCACCCAUACCAGCUGAAAGUCAUAUUCCAGUCGAUGAUCUAAUCACUUCAAUUGAAACGCCUUUAGAGUCUACAAUCCAGGAAGUAGCUUCUGUUGAGGAUCAGCCCGAAGUAGAGCGAGAAAAAUCCGACGUCCCCCUCGAACCGGUCCAUACGGAGGUAGUAGAACCUAUGGAAUCGACAGAACCGGAGGAUUCAUUGAUGUCAGUCUCUGCUGAACCGCUUGAAAUGAAGGAUUCUCUGGCGUCCGUAAGUCCAGAACCACUAGAAGUGAAGGAUCCUUUGGCGACUGUAAUUCCAGAACCGCUCGAAGACAAGGAGUCUGUAACUACGGAGCCUCUCGAAGUGAAGGACUCUCAAGCGUCUGUAACUGCGGAACCUCUUGAAGUGAAAGACCCCCUGGCGUCUGUAACUACAGAACUACUCGAAGCGAAGGCUCUAGCACCUUUAACUUCAGAAUCGCUGGAAGCUGUGGAUCCUCUGGAUUCGGUGCCUGCAAAACCGCUGGAAUUGAUAGAAAUUUCGCCACUUUUGAAUACAGAGCUGGCAGAUUCCGAAAGUUCAAUCGCAGAAUCGGUAAUUCAGCCUUCUAUCGAAAAAUCGGUACCGGCACCCGACGUAGUGCCCGAAGAACGUGGAGAACUCGUUACGGACAUCGACAUCGGGAUUCCGGAAAGGCGCGCUCAAGAGAUUUGCGUACCUGUCACAAACGAAAUAAGACCGGAAGAGGCCGAACAGCCACCCGCCGCCGCCACGCCUCCUCCGACGCCUGCUGUGGAUCUCUCCGCCGCCCUCGCCGACACGCCACUCGCUGCCGACAUCGCCGCCCCAGCCCUCGCCGCCACCGCCAUUGCAGGAGCUGUGACCGCUGCUGCUCUUGUUAAAACAAAAACACCCACUUCCACAAAAAAAUCACCUUCGACUCCGGCGACUAAAACUGAUGUGCGAACACCCAAAUCAGCUGCAAAGACUGCUACUCCGCGCAGCGCUCCGCCCUCCGCUAAAAAAACAGAAACCGUCACAAAAGCGACCCCGACAUCCGCUCGAAGUGCCGCUACGCGUACUACGCCUUCUACCACGAAGACUGCCCCCAAAGCGAGCGCCGCUCCACCAAAGCCGACGCCUCCAUCCGCGAAGCUCCCGACAUCGAAACCGAUGGCCAUCACCAGAACGACCACCGUUAAGUCGACGACGACCGUCCCGAAAUCGACGACGACAGCUACGAAAACCACAACCGCGUCCAAAUCGGCGACUCCAACGACGAAAACUUCUCCUGCCCCAGUCGGUCGAUCUAGUGGUGCCAAACCAAGCACGCCCACAUCGAAACCGGCCGCGCGAGACCCUCCGCUCGGUGCGAAGGUUGCUCCAAAGACGUCCGCGGCACCUCGCACCGCCGCCCCUGCAGCUGCGGCCCCGCGUUCCGCCGCCCCCGCGCCCUCUGCCGCUCGCCCCGCGCCUCGCCCUCCCGCCGCCCGCGCCCCGCCCCGCGCCGCUGCACCAGCCGCGAAGCCGAAACCUAAACCUAUCGAAAAACCACUUACUAACGGUGACGUCAAGGAUACAAAACUGCCUGCAAGAGUCGCCCCCCGCGCCCCGCCUGCGCGCCCUGCAGCCCGCCCCGCACCCCCCACAAAAACGAUGGCUUCCAAUAGUCCUCUGGACAAGCAAAGUAAGGAUCUCGCAAACAAACGCAUCACAGCCAAGACUGCGCCGCCCCGGACCGCUUCCGCCAAGCCCGCCGCCGGUCCGAAGGGCACCGCACCGAAGGCUGUGCCGAAAAAGCCAAUUGACUCCUUAAAGAAAGAAAUAAAGGAGACGCUGACGAACGGUGAGGAUGUAGUGAAGCCGCCGCCGAGCCCGCCCGCCGCGGACAACGCACUGCUGCCGGACGUGAUCGCGUGAACCAGCCGCGUUCAGAUUCCUAUUGUUUCCGCUUGAAUUUUGUGAUUUUUUGUAAGUGAACGGUCCCCGACGGCGGCCGGCGCUAGUGCGGGAGACUCACUUUAUAUUAGAGCCGCUUGUGGCGCGCGCGGUUGUUGUCCAUUGUCGCGAUUAUUGUAAGUCUGUUUUAGAAUUUUAUAUUACCAACGAAUGAUUGAUAAAUCUGGCUUUUAAUUUAUUCUUUGUAUAACCGUAUAAUUAUUUAAAUAAAAAAUAAGGAAGGACUGA